CAUCUCUAUUGUGGCCAUCGCCGCGUGCACAUGGCCUUUGUUUUUGUACAAGCAACGUUAAGACUAUAACAAAAAUGGGCGGCCAGGGCAAAACAAUAAAUCGCAAGCGUAAAUUUGUGGGCCGCAAAGCGGACGAUCCGGAAUUCGAUUUGGACAAGAAGCACUUCAAGGUGCUCCAUUUGAAUGCCAGCGAGAAACGCCUAAUUAUUGUGCUCGAGGGUGCGCAGCUGGAGACGGUGAAGGUGCACAACACAUUCGAGCUGCUCAACUGUGACGAUCAUGCGGGCAUAAUGCGCAAAAAUCAACGAGAUCCGGGCAGCUGCCGCCCGGACAUCACACACCAAUGCCUGCUGAUGCUGUUCGACUCGCCGCUAAAUCGUGCCGGUUUGCUGCAGGUGUUUGUUCGCACCGAGCACAAUGUGCUGAUUGAGAUCAAUCCACAGACACGUAUACCGCGCACAUUUAAGCGUUUCGCCGGCCUGAUGGUCCAGCUGCUGCACAAGUUUCAAAUACGCGCCAGCGAUUCAUCGCGCCGCCUGAUGAGCGUCAUCAAGAAUCCCAUUACGGAUCAUUUGCCUGUCGGCUGUAAAAAGUAUGCGAUGUCCUUCACCGGCAAGCUGGUUAGCAAUUGCCGCGAUUUGGUGCCGCACGGCCCGGAGGGCAGCGAUGCCUACGACCAGCCCGUUGUCAUGGUAAUUGGCGCCUUCGCCCACGGCGCACUCAAGACGGACUACACCGAGGAGCUGUUCUCCAUUAGCAACUAUCCACUGUCAGCGGCCAUUGCCUGCUCCAAGCUCUGCACCGCCUUCGAGGAGGUCUGGGGCGUCGUCUAAUAGUUCUAAGCGUACAACUAGCUUUCAUUUGUUUUUGACUAGAUAAUACAUAGAUACUAUAUUAUAUUAUAAAUCGAGCAAAUAUGUGAGUCAAGGCACGAAUUGUCUUUUACCAUGAUGCUCCUUAUAUGUACGUACAAAAUCCUAACAAGAUCGUUUUACUAUAUCAUAUAAAGCUGUACAAUCGCUCGGCAAUUACAAUAAGUUUCUAUAUGGAUAAGCUUUGCAAUUCUCCCGAAACAGCUACAAAACGACGACUAAAUACCCUCACACUUUCUAUACAUAGCUUAGAUGUUUCCCAAGACAAACUUUUCAUUUGCAAGCGAUUGUCCCAAUAAUAUAUAGUACACAUCGAUCUUGAUAAGAUUAUGCGCUUAAGUGCAAAUGUCAAUACAAAAGAAAUUAGUUUCUUAUAUUUACAUUUGAACACGUUUCAUUUGAAGUCUAAAAUAUGUGGAUAAAAUUCCACACGCAAGUGUGGAAAAUUGGUGAAAACCAAUCGCUAAGAUUGAGCAAGAGGAAAAGGUAUUUGGUCGGAAAAUAAACUAGCCUAGGGCGAACAAAAUAUAAAAAUUUGAAAA